AUGUCUCCUACAGAUCCUGCAGAUCAUUCCUCCAGCCUAUCUGGCAGUGCACCAAAUGACAAGGUUGCCACUUCGAUAACGGGUGCUGAGACCGCGGGGUCCAAGGCUGAAACAGAGCUCGCCAGCCUCGAGGAGAACGAUGGCCAUAGCAAGCCUAAGCUUUCUGCAAAAGCAGCCGGCAAGCAGCAAGCUACAGACGACCUGAUUGAUUUCGGCGAUGAUGCUCCAGUUCUCGAGCCAGCGGCCGAAGAGGCUGCCGAUGCGGAUAGCAAGCCAUCCGAAGGAUCAGUUCAGACCGCCUCUGUAGCUGGCUUUAAAAGCACUUCCGAGCCUAUGACCUCUUCGAUUGCGACUCUCAAGCCUACAAGUCCUCUGCCGCCCGAGACAGCCACCCAAUACCUCACGAUAGAAUCAACCUCAGCGCCUUAUGUCGACCCAACACCGCCAACACCAAAGACUUCCCAGCCUCCAUCCCGAACUCCUUCAAAUGCAGGACCCCGACGUGUGUCAUCCGAAUCGUCCCCAACUAGAUCCGACGCCGGUUAUGACGAGCGUAGAUAUGCCAGCGAAGAUGAGCAGGAGAACGGAUCCCGUUCCGAGAUACAGAGCAUCAUGGAACAGUUUACUGGAGAUGGAGGACCUGGGGCUGAAGAGGUCAUGAGUCCAAGGCUGGAAAUCGCAUCCCCAAUGCUUGGCGGCCCCAGCAUUCAGCAUCCGCCGCGCAAGUCCAGCCUCGAGCCUCUCGCUCCGUCUCUGUCCCACCAGGUACAAGAACUCCAAGGCCUCAGGAUACACACGGCUUCUCCUGCAAGCAUUCUAUCCCGUGAAAGACCAGUCGAAGACCAGGGCCCACCUGUCCCGCCCAAGGACGGCCCUCCUGCAACCCCAGCACGCUCCCACGACGACAGGCAAAUGAGCGUCGACUCACAGAUGUCGCCAGGGUUGCACCGUCCUCCGCCUCCUGAGCCAGAGCCUGAGCCAGCGCUUCCAUUUGACUUCCACCGAUUCCUAGAACAACUGCGAAACAAAAAGGCCGACCCCGUUGCGAGAUACCUCAAGUCUUUCUUGUCCGAGUUUGCGAAGCGACAGUGGAUGGUACACGAGCAGGUCAAGAUCAUCAGCGAUUUCCUUGCAUUUAUUGCCAAUAAAAUGGCUCAGUGCGAAGUGUGGCGCGACGUCUCUGAUGCCGAGUUUGACAAUGCCCGCGAGGGUAUGGAAAAGCUUGUCAUGAACAGGUUGUACACACAGACUUUCUCACCGGCAAUUCCUCCGCCUCAGCCAAUCCCGGGCGCGAAGCCCAAGAGAAGAGGGGGCGAAAGACCUAUGGGACCGGGCAGAAGAGGGCAACACCAGGAAGACGUAGAGCGGGAUGACAUCCUGACACAGAAGAUCAAUAUCUAUGGCUGGUUAAGAGAAGAGCACCUCGAUAUACCGCCAGCCGGCGAGAGCGGUCGACGUUUCCUCAAGCUUGCACAGCAAGAACUUUUGAAGAUCAAGUCCUACCGCGCGCCACGGGACAAGAUCAUCUGCGUAUUGAAUUGUUGCAAAGUCAUCUUUGGUCUGCUGAAGCACUCCAAAUCGGAUUCCUCUGCAGACUCCUUCAUGCCUCUCCUGAUCUACGUUGUUCUUCAAGCCAACCCUGAGCAUUUAGUCUCCAAUGUUCAAUACAUCCUCCGUUUUAGAAACCAAGAAAAGCUUGGUGGUGAGGCUGGUUAUUACCUCUCCUCCUUGAUGGGUGCUAUCCAGUUCAUCGAGAACAUGGAUCGGACGACAUUGACCAUUACAGACGAGGAGUUUGAGAAGAAUGUUGAGGCUGCCGUAUCAGCCAUUGCUGAGAAGCAUCGACUGGACUCGCCUCAUCCCGCCCAAGAACCUGUAUUCUCUGAGAAAUCCGGUCUCAGCUUUCCACCGAGCGAGUCUUCAACAACACGACCGUCUCUGGACAUUGCCGGCGGAGAGUCAUCAGUACCGCGCCGCUCCACAUCGUCCAACGAAGGCGUAACAGAGCCAGAGCAGGCGCCGAUUACCGGUCUCCUUCGCUCAAUACAAAAUCCUCUCAGCACAAUUGGCCGUAUGUUUUCGGACGAACCUUCGCCCUCACCCUCUGGACCUAGCAGGGCUUCACGAACCCCGGUGCCCCCGGAGCGUUUGUCCCCAAGGCCCAGUAUGGAGAUUGAGGGACAAGCCCCCAGCUCUCGCCAUCAACUCUCAGCUGAAGAGGCUGCAGCCAGACAGGCCAGUGCUGAAGCUGCCGAGGCUCAACGCCUCCAUCGCGCAGAACAUAACAACGUAGUUGAGACGCUGUCUGGCAUGUUUCCCGACCUUGAUAGGGAGAUCAUUUCGGACGUGGUAUACCAGAAGCAGGGCAGGGUUGGAUUGGCUGUAGACGCCUGCUUGGCCCUAUCGACCUAG